UUUCACCUUUCAAUGGCGACUGCAAAAUGGCGGAUAGGAAACAACAAGCGCAGACACUCUGGAAUUUCUAUUGGUUAACAAUCGUCACGUGGUACAACUAAGAUGGUAUCAUGGCGGCGUUCAUAAGGCAUGGACUGGUGAAAGGAGGGCAAGAAAGAAACAUAUACGAAAAUAUAUUAAUGUUGCAGAUAAUGUCAAGAAACAAAUCUGGCUAUAAACCAUCCAGUAAGAUGCCAUACAAUAGGAGAAAGAAGCAACCACAAGCAAUAAAACUUGAUUCUACUGGAGAAUCUAUUGCAUCUAAAGGGUUUCAUCGACCACAGACGCAUUAUAAUCCGCCCCAAGAUGUUGCAGACAGAAUAAAUUCUGUUUAUAAAAUAGUGACAGGCUUGACCAGUGUUUCAGAUGCUCGGUUAAAUAUUCCAGAAGUUAAAUUCAGAUUCUUAAAUGCCUGUUUUCAAGAAUUUCAGUAUAGUGUUCCAAAUUCUCUCCUUUCUACCAUGUUUACUGUUGAUGAUGUUGUGGAAUUUUACAAGACUCCUGUUGACAAAAUAGCUCCACUUGAUGCAUUGAACAGCAUGAAAUUACCUGAAAACCUCCACAUUCAAACUGAAUAUCAUCGCUUCCACCCAGAAACGGACACAAUGUUUGGUGGAAUUAGUGCAUUUCCAAAAAGUUCAACAAUUGUCACUGGCUUAAAAUACAAGAAGAAGUAUAAAGGAUAUGAUGCUGAAUCACCAUGGGCCAAGUACUUUUAAUAGUGAGAACUGUAGCAUUUAUGUUCAAGAAUAUCACUUACCAUCAUUUAUAAAUUCCAGUGUCUACAGUGAAUCAGACUACUUACCUUAGUUAUGUGACAGUGCCAGUUUAUUUUGUGUUAUGUUUACAUAUGGUAGAGUAGUCACCAAGCAAACUUGACUGUAGAAGAUGCUGAACAGAACUUCAUCCAGACUCAGCAAAGUAACAGUUUAGCAGGUUAAGAGACAUUAUAACAUAUGUUGCAGGCUAUACAUUGUAUUUGUUACAUAUGAUUUGAAGCUUGAUUUGCUUGUAAUAUUUAUAGAAAUGAAGACAAGAACUUGCAUGUGAAACUGUGCUUUUCACUCAACAAUCAGUUGUUAAUACAUUUUAGUGAAAAAAUUGGAAAAUACAUUGGAUUGCAGUUUGCUCUAGUGUAUUUUGGCAAUAAGAAGAUAAAUAGGUCAGCAUAAAUGAAUAAAACGUAUGUUGAAUAGAUA